UCACUAUAACACAAGGACUUAUUCUCUGAGCAGAGCUUGCAAACUACAGACCUUCAUUUUCAUCGUUGGAGGAGCUUCUCUUUCCCGCUAAGGUGUGAAGCCUGCGUUCACCAUGUCUGACACUGAGGACGUGGAUCAGCUUGAGGAAGAGCAGGAAGCCCAGGAGGAGGUAGUAGAAGUAGAAGUAGCCCCUGAGGCGGAGGCCCAGGUAGAAGCAGAGCCAGAGGUAGAGCCUGAACCUGAACCAGAACCAGAGCCAGAGCCACAGGAGGUGGAGCAGGCGUUUCUUGACGAGGAAGAGGCCUAUGAUGAAGAAGAGGAGGGAGAUCAAGAUGAAGAGAAGCCGAAGUUCAAACCUUCUGCUCCAAAGAUCCCUGAUGGCGAGAAAGUGGACUUUGACGACAUCCAGAAGAAACGUCAAAACAAAGACCUGGUCGAGCUGCAGUCGCUGAUCGACGCUCACUUUGAGUGCAGGAAGAAAGAGGAGGAGGAGCUCAUCGCUCUUAAAGAACGAAUCGAAAAGCGUCGAGCUGAGCGAGCUGAGCAGCAGAGGAUCCGUGCUGAGAAAGAUAAGGAGCGGCAGGCCAGACGUGAGGCUGAGCGACAGAGGAAAGAGGACGCUGACGCCCACAGGAAGGCUGAGGAUGAUGCCAAGAAGAAGAUCGCACUAAGCAACAUGGGAUCAGGCUAUAGCAGCCACCUGCAGAGGAUUGAUCAGAAGAGAGGCAAGAAACAGACUGAAAGAGAAAAGAAGAAGAAGGUUCUGUCAGAAAGAUGCAAACCACUGACUGUGGAUGAUAAUUUCACUGAGGACAAUCUGAGGGAAAAGGCGAAGGAGUUGUGGGAGUGGCUGCACAACCUGGAGGCAAUUAAAUAUGACCAUUGUGAGAAGCUCAAGAGACAGAGAUAUGAGGUCAUUUCUCUCAGAAACCGCAUUGACGAGCUGCAGAAACACAGCAAGAAGGGAGCUGCCUCACGUCGCAGGAAGUGAGCGGCUGCUCGAUAUAGGUGACACGCCCCCUCUGCUACAGGAGCGGUUCAAACAUCUUAUCAAUGGUGUCUGCUUAAGCCAAAUUGUUUUCUGUACUAAUUUUAUCUCCAACAAAAAUGUUUAAAAAUGAAAUCACGUGUUUGUGUCAAAAAAAAACCUAAAAGGUUGUAUUGGUUCCUAAAAUAAAAUUACGAAAUUAUUCAUCCUCCAACCUACACUGA